AUGGAGGGUGGUGAAGAAAAAACUGUGAAACUGGAGGCUCCGAAAAUGAAGUUGCAGGCCGAUCGGACUUUCAAUUUGGAGCCUGAUGUGGCGGUUUCUUCGCCUGUCACACGGCAGAAGGCCGCCGCGGCAAAGCAGUUCAUUGAGAAUCAUUACAAGAACUAUCAUCAAGGAUUACAAGAUCGCAAAGAAAGGCGGUGGGCGUUGCAGAGGAGGGCGAAAGAGGCGCAAGUAUCUAAUGAGGAGCAAGAGAGAAUGCUGAGAAACUUGGAAAAAAGAGAGACGGAAUAUAUGAGAUUGCAGAGGCAUAAAGUUGGGAUUGAUGAUUUUGAGCAGUUGACUAUCAUUGGCAAAGGAGCUUUUGGUGAGGUUAGGUUAUGUCGUGCUAAAAGUACAGGAGAAAUAUUUGCCAUGAAGAAAUUGAAGAAAUCAGAGAUGCUUAGCCGUGGACAGGUUGAGCAUGUCCGAUCUGAGAGGAAUUUGCUUGUGGAGGUGGACAGUCGGUGCAUAGUGAAGCUUUUUUAUUCAUUCCAAGAUUCUGAUUUCUUAUACCUUAUUAUGGAAUAUUUGCCUGGUGGUGAUAUUAUGACUUUACUUAUGAGAGAGGAUAUCCUUUCCGAAGAUGUUGCACGGUUCUACAUUGCGGAAAGCAUUCUAGCGAUUCAUUCUAUUCACCAGCACAGUUAUGUCCAUAGGGACAUCAAACCAGACAACCUAAUAUUGGACAAAAAUGGCCAUUUAAAGCUUUCUGACUUUGGCUUGUGUAAGCCCCUGGAUAAUAAAUAUUCAUCGUUGUUGGAAGACGACGAUUUUACUACUCAGGAAUCUAGAACUGAUAGUGAAGGGCAUGAUGGCAGUGAUAGUGCUCCUUGGUUAAUGGCGAAGGAGCAGUUACAGCAGUGGAAACGUAACCGUCGUGCCUUGGCAUAUUCUACAGUUGGAACACUUGAUUAUAUGGCACCUGAAGUUUUGUUGAAGAAAGGAUAUGGAAUGGAGUGUGACUGGUGGUCAUUGGGGGCAAUCAUGUAUGAAAUGCUCGUAGGCUAUCCUCCCUUUUGCUCUGACGAUCCUAGAAUGACAUGCCGCAAGAUUAUCAAUUGGAAAACAUGCUUGAAAUUCCCUGAAGAACCAAAAAUCUCAAUUGAGGCCAAGGAUCUGAUCUGUCAUUUGUUAUGCGAUGUUGAAAGAAGGUUGGGGACCAGAGGAGUGGACGAAAUAAGGGCACAUUCAUGGUUUAGUGGCGUUAACUGGGAGACCCUUUAUGAAAUGGAAGCUGCCUACAAACCUACAGUAACUGGAGAGUUAGACACGCAGAAUUUUGAAAAGUUUGAGGAAGGCAACAAUCCACCGUCUGCUGUAUCCACAGUGGGACCUUGGCGGAAGAUGUUAACAUCAAAGGAUGCCAACUUUAUUGGAUAUACUUUUAGAAAAUCUGAUAUUCUGAAAUCAAUGGAAACUUCAGGUAUAGACGGGGUUUCAAAUGGAUCUUCAAAGCCUCCAUCUUUAGUGUCAUUAUUUGGACAUAUAGACCUGCAGGAAACUGUGAUAACAGAGGAUGAUCCAAAGCAAACCAGUUGA